CUAUCAACUACUUUUCUUUCGUGUUACCUUUCAAAUAAGGCUUGAGGCUGUCUGUGUCCUACCCCCCGGGUUGAAGCAGAAGCAAACGGCCACAAAACAUGUCCGUCAGAUGCGGCAAGAAGCGCAAACUAGUUGUAGACCACGAGGCUGAAAAAAGCCUUUAUGGAAGCUUUGUAUCCGCUGCGAACGCCGUCAGCACGCUCUAUUCUCAAGCGGUGCAGCAGCAGCGGCGAGCUUCGGCACAAGCCUCGCGUCAAGCGCUGGAGCGCGUUGUGACGUUCCUGCUGUCUCAGAACCCUGGCUCAGAAGUCGUAUCCAAAGCAGUUAUGCUGCAGUUCCUGCAGUCGGAAUACGAGAGCAUCGAGGGCGGGGAGCACCUACCGCACGUGUUCCCGGCCCCGCAGAUCUCCCUAGCAGGGACAGGUUGCCCUAUGCAUUGCCCUGCGUAAAUGUCCAAUAUUACCUGCUUCCGAUGUUUCGUUGAAUAAUUCC